AUGGAUGACUCUCUGAUGGAGGACUCGGUCUUCGAGGACGAGGGAGGUAGCUCCGACUUCGUUCCUGAGCCUGCGCCUAAACCCAAAGCGAAAGCAGCCCCCAAGAAAGCAGCUGCCGCUAAGCCCGCCGCCAAAAAGUCUACUCAGACCACACUUAAAGCUAAGCCAGCUGCCAAACCAGCUGCUGCUAAGAAGAAGGCCAAGGCUGACAGCGAGGACGAGAUGUCCGACGCGCAAAUGUCCGAUGCCGAUUCUCUACUCAUGGACACUCCCCCUAAAGCCAAGAAAGCAGCCGCCCCCAAGCGAGCUGGCUCGAAGCCGCUCGCUGACGUCGAAAAUGAGUCUCACGGGGGUGACGCGCCCAGCGAUAGCAAGAACGGCGAUGCAUCAGAGAAGUACCAGAAACUUACCCAGCUCGAACAUAUCAUCAAACGUCCCGAUACAUAUAUCGGUUCGACCGAACGCACCACCCAGCAAAUGUGGGUUUACAACUCCGUGACUGAGGUCAUGGAAAACCGCGAAGUCUCCUUUGUCCCUGGUCUCUACAAGAUCUUCGACGAAAUUGUUGUCAAUGCCGCCGAUAACAAGCAAAACGACUCGAGCAUGAGCGAAAUGCGAAUCACCAUUGAUCGCGAAGCCGGUGAGAUCAGUGUGUGGAACAACGGACGUGGAAUUCCCAUCGAGAUUCACUCCAAGGAGAAGAUCUACGUCCCCGAGCUCAUUUUCGGCCACUUGCUCACAUCAUCCAACUACGACGAUAGUCAGCAGAAGGUGACUGGUGGUCGUAACGGUUUCGGUGCCAAGCUUUGUAAUGUUUUCUCCACCGAGUUCUCACUAGAGACCCAAGACUCGCGCCAAAAGAAGAAGUACAAGCAGACAUGGACGCAGAACAUGACAAAGAUGGGCAAGGCAAAGAUUACCGAUGCCAAAGGUGACGACUACACCAAGGUCACCUUCAAGCCCGAUUUUGCGAAAUUCGGCAUGGAAGGCAUCGACGAUGACUUCGAAGCUCUUGUUAAGCGUCGAGUCUACGAUUUGGCAGGUACCGCCAAUGUUGCUGUCAAAUUGAACGGCACACGCAUCCCCAUUCGCAACUUCCGCAAGUACAUGGAAAUGUACACUAAAGCCAUUCGCAAGGAGCGCGGCGAUGAGGGCGCUCCCUCAAAGGAUGAGAUCAUUACCUGCAGCCCAGACCCUCGGUGGGAGAUUGGUUUUGCUGUAUCAGAUGGUUCAUUCCAGCAGGUUUCUUUCGUCAACUCCAUUGCGACAACAUCUGGUGGAACCCAUGUCAAUUACAUCGCAGACCAAAUCUGUAACCGCCUGGCUGACCAGGUGAAGAAGCGGAACAAGACAGGUGCCACUCUCAAGUCAGCACAGAUUCGGAACCAUAUCUUCAUCUUCGUGAAAGCCCUGAUUGUGAAUCCCGCCUUCAACUCGCAGACCAAGGAACAAUUGACUACUAAGACAAGUCAAUUUGGUAGCAAGUGUGUUCUCGAGGAAGACUUCUAUAAAAAGGUUCUCAAGACCGAGGUCAUGUCGAACAUCCUGCACUUUGCAGAGCAAAAGGCCGAUCAGAUUUUGAAAAAGGGUGACACAGGCCGCCGCUCACGUAUGAACAACCCUAAGCUGGUCGAUGCCAACAAGGCCGGCACUAGGGAAGGCCACCACUGUACGCUGAUCCUGACUGAGGGUGAAUCUGCCAAGGGUUUGGCUAUGGCAGGAAGAGCAGUCGUUGGACCUGACUUGUUCGGUGUUUUCCCCUUGCGCGGAAAGUUGCUUAACGUUCGCGAUGCUUCUUUCGACCAGAUUUCGAAGAACGCAGAGAUUCAAAACAUCAAAAACUUCAUUGGUCUGCAGCACAAGAAGGAGUACACCGAAACCAAGGGUUUGCGAUAUGGCCAUCUCAUGAUCAUGACUGAUCAGGAUCACGACGGUAGUCAUAUCAAGGGUUUGCUCAUCAACUUCCUUCAGGCGCAAUUCCCCAGCUUGUUGAAGAUUCCCGAAUUUCUGAUUGAAUUCAUUACACCCAUUAUCAAGGUUUGGAAGGGUGACCCGAAGAACCCUACCAAGCUGAAGUCCUUCUUCACAAUGCCCGAAUAUGAAGAAUGGCACGAACUUCAUAAACACGAACGUGGCUGGGAACACAAGUACUACAAGGGUCUGGGAACUAGCACCACAGAGGAUGCCCAGGUCUACUUCCGGGAUCUCGACCGCCAUCUCAAGGAGUUCCACACGAUGCAAGCCGACGAGCCCGGGCUUAUUGAGCUGGCAUUCUCCAAGAAGAAGGCCGAUGAGCGUAAAGAGUGGCUCCGUCAAUACAAGCCUGGCACAUACUUGGACCACUCGGUGUCGAAGAUUACAUACACCGACUUCAUCAACAAGGAACUGAUUCUUUUCAGUAUGGCGGACAACAUGCGUUCCAUUCCAUCUGUCGUUGAUGGUCUGAAGCCCGGUCAGCGUAAGGUGCUUUACACCUGUUUCCGUCGCAAUCUGAAGAAGGAUAUGAAAGUCGUUGAAUUGGCAGGUCACGUCUCUGGAAUGACAGCCUACCACCACGGUGAUGUGUCCCUCCAGCAGACAAUUGUUGGUCUUGCUCAGACUUUUGUAGGCUCCAACAACGUCAAUUGUCUGGAGCCUAGUGGAAACUUUGGUAGUCGACUUCAGGGUGGUGGCGAUUGUGCCAGUGCUCGUUACAUCUACACUCGCUUGUCGCCAUUUGCGCGAAAGAUCUUCCAUACCGCGGAUGAGCCCUUGCUUGUGUAUGGUGAGGACGAUGGUAAGAAGAUUGAGCCUGAAGUUUUCAUGCCUGUGGUCCCGCUCAUUUUGGUCAACGGUGCCGAUGGUAUUGGUACUGGUUGGAGUUCAACCAUUCCUAACUACAACCCUGAAGACAUUGUGAGCAACUUGAGGCGCCUCAUGGAUGGUGAGACCCCCGAGCCCAUGCAGCCCUGGUUCCGUGGCUUCACAGGCGAGGUCGUGGCACUGGGUGGCGAUCGCUACAAGUUCAGCGGUAUCAUCAGAGAAUCCGGAGACAAGGAGGUUGAGAUCACCGAAUUGCCCAUUCGAACCUGGACUCAAGAUUUCAAGGACAAGCUGGAGGACAUUAUCAAGGCCGAAAAGGUGCCAUCUUUCAUCAAAGAUUAUAAGGACUACAACACCCACACCAAGGUUCACUUUGUGAUCCAGCUUGAUGAAAAGCACAUGAAGCUCGCCCUUUCCGAAGGAUUGGAGGAAAAGUUCAAGUUGACCAAGUCCAUUGCCACCAGCAACCUUGUCGCCUUUGAUCCUGAAGGUCGCAUCACCAAGUACGCCUCUGUCGAUGAUAUUCUCAAGGAAUUCUUCCACAUUCGCCUCAAGUACUACGAGAAGCGCAAGCAAUACCAGCUGAACGAUCUCCAAAGAGAACUGGAAAAGCUCAGCAACCAAGCUCGCUUCGUGCAGGAAAUCAUCGAUGGAAAAUUGGUCAUUUCUAAGAAGAAGAAGCCUGUCCUGAUCAGCGAGCUGAAGGAAAAGGGCUUCAAGCCAAUCGCCAAGGUGGCUGAGGCCGCCAAGAUGGGCGAAGAUGAGCCAGUCGUUGAAGGAGAUGAGGAGGAAGAGUCGGAUGAAGCCGAAGUUCAGGUUCUCUCCAACUCCUUCGACUACCUUUUGGGAAUGCCUAUGUGGUCUUUGACCCAGGAGCGCGUGGAGAAGCUGCGCCGUCAGAUUGGCGACAGGGAGACUGAAGUUGAUGCCCUCAUCAAGUUGUCCAAGGAGGACAUCUGGAGACGUGAUCUGGAUGACUUCAUCAACGAGUGGCGCUUCCAGCUUGAGGAUGAGGACCGUCGUUCGCGCAAGAUGGCUAGCUUGGGCCGUCGUGCCUCGAGCAAGCUGGCUACUGGAGGCGGCCGAGCUGCCACAGCCCGCAAGCGCAAGGCCGCCAAUGGCGAUGACCCCGACGAUGAAGACUUUGGGGCUCCUAAGACUAAGAAGGCGGCGGCGGCUAAGAAAAAGGAGCCGCAAACCAAUAGCUUGAUGAAUUUCCUCAACAAAUCCUCAUCUAAGCCAAGCGCAUCCCCUGCGGUUGGUUCAGAUGAUGAUUUCGAUAUCGAUAUGGAAGUUCUUCCCAAGAAGAGCCGUGCCGCUUCGAAGCCCAAGUCUCAGCCUAAAGAAGAGGAUGAUUUCAUCGAUAUUGACGAUGUUCCCCAUGCUUCGAGAGCCUCGACUCAACCAGCCGAUGACCCAAUGGACGUUGAUGACGUUGACCCUCCCAAGCCCAAACCUGCUGCCAAAUCAGCAGCUAAGCCAGCCGCAAAACGAGGACCUAAGCCGAAACCUAAUGUUGAUGAGGACUCGGAUGACGAUUUCUUGGAAAUUGCCAAGAGCGAGGCAACCAAGCCCGCUGCUCGUGCUCGCAAACCUGUGAAGUACUCGGCUCCCAGCGAUUCUGACAGUGACAAUGGUGACGAUCUUCUCGGCGAUGUCAGCCAGAUGGUCAAGGGCAUUGGUGCUGACUCUGCCGCGGAUUCUCGUCAGCUCUUCUCUGAGCGGCCCCGUUCCGAAAGCAGUGCUAGUCAGAGGACCGCUGCUGCCAGAGUUUCCAAGGCCAAUGAUGACUUCGACCCAGAUGAGACCGACUACAGCAGGCUCAUUCCUCAGAACUCCCCAAGGCGCUCUAUCCAGGUGAAGCCCAAGGAUGUGAGGGCUGACAACUUCGACGAGGAGAAUGAUGAUGAGGACGAGGAACCGGUCAAGCCAACUGCCAAGAGCAAGGCCGCUCCUAAAGCCAAGGCUGCUCCAAAGGCCGCGGCUGCCACAGCGGCGCCAAAGGCCCGUGGUCGUCCCAAGAAGGAUGCAGCGGCAGCCCCCAAGCCUGCCCCUAAGGCCGGUCCUAAGGCUUCCGCUUUGUCACCGGCAGCCAAGGCCUAUGCUUCGAAACAAGCCAAGUCGAAGAAGCUUGCAGAUGACUAUUCCGAGGAUGAUAUCGAUGCCAUGGCGAACGAUAUUCUGGACUCACCGGCCGGCAAGGUCAAUGUGAAUGUGUCAGAUGAUGAUGACGACGAACCCGCUCCUGCUCCUCGUCGCGGUGCUGCUGCCAGACCGUCUCGUCGUACCGCUACCACUCAGAAGAAGAGCUACGUCAUCGACGAUGAUAGUGAGGAGGCAUCGGCCGAUGACUUUGAGGAGGAAGAUGAGAGCGACUAA